GGGGCGGCCGAGGGAUCGCGGGCGGGAGGCGCCUGCGGCCGAAGCUGACAGGCGCCGGUUGUCGGGUCUGGAAGCGGCCGCCCCGGGUCUUUCCCCCUAGACGCCGUUGCUCCGCGGGCCGUCCCCCGAGCGCGGGGACAGGUGUCCUGGCCGGGGUCUGUCGGGAAGAUGGCGACCCCGGGUAUGAGCUGGCAGCAGCACUAUUACAGCGGCUCCGCGGCCGGAGCCACCAAAUUCGCGCCCUCGCCCGCCGCCGCGCAGCAGGCGGGGCACUGCAUGGAUUACACCCAGGACCUGCACCUGAAAAUGAGCAAGAAAAUCGCUCAGCUCACUAAGGUAAUAUAUGCUUUGAACACUAAAAACGAUGAACAUGAAUCUGCAAUUCAAGCCCUCAGAGAUGCUCAUGAAGAAGAAAUCCAACAAAUUCUUGCAGAAACAAGAGAAAAAAUAUUGCAGUAUAAAAGCAAAGUAACAGAGGAGUUAGACCUUAAAAGAAAAAUUCAAGCUUUAGAAGCCUCAUUAGCAGAUCACAUAAAAAUGAAGCAGCAGGCUUUGACAGAAUUUGAAGCUUAUAAGCAGAGAGUGGAGGACAUGCAGCUUUGUGCAGAAGCCCAGCACGUCCAACGCAUAGUAACCAUGUCUAGAGAAGUUGAAGAGAUUAGAAGGAAAUUUGAGGAAAAGUUACGGAGCUUUGGACAACUCCAAGUACAGUUUGAAAAAGAUAAACGAUCGGCACUGGAAGAUUUGCGAACUGCUCACAGACAGGAGAUCCAAGAGCUGUUGAAGUCUCAGCAGGAUCAUAGUGCCUCAGUAAAUAAAGGGCAGGAAAAGGUAGAGGAGCUACACAGAAUGGAGGUGGAGGCCUUAAACAAAACACUUGAAGAGCUAAGACUUGAACGAAAAAAACUAAUUGAGGAUUAUGAAGGCAAGUUGAAUAAAGCUCAGUCCUUUUAUGAACAUGAGCUUGAUACUUUGAAAAGGUCACAGCUUUUUACAGCAGAAAGCCUACAGGCUAGCAAAGAAAAGGAAGCCAAUCUUAGAAAAGAAUUUCAGGGGCAAGAAGCAAUUUUACGAAAAACCAUAGGAAAAUUAAAGACAGAAUUACAGAUGGUACAGGAUGAAGCUGGAAGUCUUCAUGACAAAUGCCAAAAGCUACAGCUGGCACUUGCUACAGCAGAGAACAACGUUCAGGUUCUCCAAAAACAGCUUGAUGAUACCAAGGAGGGAGAAAUGGCCCUAUUAAGCAAGCACAAGGAGGUGGAAAGUGAGCUAGCAGCUGCCAGAGAACGUUUACAACAGCAAGCUUCAGAUCUUGUCCUCAAAGCUAGUCAUAUUGGAAUGCUUCAAGCAACUCAGAUAACCCAGGAGGUUACAAUUAAAGAUCUAGAAUCAGAAAAAUCAAGGGCCAAUGAGAGAUUAUCUCAGCUUGAAGAGGAAAGAGCUUUUUUGCAAAGCAAAACUCAGAGUCUGGAUGAAGAGCAGAAGCAGCAGAUUGUGGAACUGGAGAAGAAAGUAAAUGAAGCAAAGAAAGCUCAGCAAGAAUAUUAUGAAACAGAGCUUAAAAACCUGCAAAAUAGAUUGGAAGAGGAGGUGGCCCAAUUAAAUGAGGCCCACUCUAAGACUUUGGAAGAAUUAGCUUGGAAGCACCAUAUGGCAAUUGAGGCUGUCCACAGUAAUGCAAUUAAGGAUAAGAAGAAACUGCAAAUGGAAUUGGAGGAACAACAUGAAAAGGAGAAACUAAACCUGGAAGAAGAUAAAAAUCAGCUUCAACAAGAGCUAGAAAACCUGAAGGAAGAACUGGAAGACAAGCUGAAUACAGCCAAUCAAGAGGUUGGUCGUCUGCAAGACCUGGUAAGGCAGAGUGAACAAGGUCUUGGCUCUGCAGGAGAACUCAUUGCUAGUCUUCAGGACUCCCAGGAAAGGCUUCAGAAUGAGCUUGACUUGACUAAAGGCAGGCUAAAGGAGACCAAAGAUGCCUUAUUAAAUGUUGAGGGUGAGCUAGAACAAGAAAGGCAACAACAUGAAGAAACACUUGCUGCCAUGAAAGAAGAAGAGAAGCUCAGAGUAGACAAAAUGGCCCAUGACUUAGAAAUAAAGUGGACUGAAAAUCUUAGACAAGAGUGUUCUAAACUUCGUGACGAGUUAAGACUUCAACAUGAAGAGGAUAAGAAGUCAGCAAUGUCUCAACUUUUGCAAUUAAAAGAGCGAGAGAAAAAUGCAGCCAGGGAUUCAUGGCAGAAAAAUGUAGAAGAUCUCUUAAACCAGAUUUCCUUGCUGAAACAGACUCUGGAGAUGCAGCUUUCCCAGUCUCAGACUUCUCUGCAGCAACUGCAAGCCCAGUUUACACAAGAACGACAACGGCUUACACAAGAGCUUGAAGAAUUAGAAGAACAACAUCAGCAAAGACAUAAGUCCUUAAAAGAGGCACAUGUUCUUGCAUUUCAAACUAUGGAAGAAGAAAAGGAAAAGGAACAAAGAGCUCUUGAAAAUCAUUUACAACGAAAACAUUCUGCAGAGCUUCAGUCAUUAAAAGAUGCGCACAGAGAGUCAAUGGAGGGCUUCAGGAUAGAAAUGGAACAGGAACUGCAGACUCUUCGAUUUGAAUUAGAAGAUGAAGGAAAGGCUAUGCUUGCUUCCUUACGCUCAGAAUUAAACCAUCAACAUGCAGCUGCAAUUGAUCUGUUACGGCACAGUCAUCAUCAAGAACUGGCAGCUGCUAAAAUGGAACUAGAGAGAAGCAUAGACAUCAGCAGAAGACAGAGUCAGGAGCACAUGUGCAGAAUAACAGAUCUCCAAGAGGAAUUAAGGCACAGAGAGCAUCACAUCUCCGAUUUGGAUUCAGAGGUACAGCACCUUCGUGAGAAUAUAAACGCCCUAACGAAAGAAUUGGAAUUUAAGGGCAAAGAAGUACUCAGAAUACGAAGUGAAUCUAACCAACAGAUGAGGUUGCAUGAACAAGAUUUAAACAAGAGACUUGAAAAAGAGCUGGAUGUCAUGACAGCAGACCACCUCAGAGAAAAAAAUAUCAUGCGGGCAGAUUUUAAUAAGACUAACGAGCUACUCAAGGAAAUAAAUGCAGCUUUACAAGUGUCACUAGAAGAAAUGGAAGAAAAAUAUCUACAAAGAGAAUCAAAAGCAGAAGAUAUACAGAUGAUUACAGAAUUAAAAGCCAUGCUUUCAGAGAGAGACCAGGUCAUAAAGAAACUAAUUGAGGAUAAUAAAUUUUACCAGCUGGAAUUAGUCAAUCGAGAAACUAACUUCAACAAAGUGUUUAACUCAAGUCCUACUGUUGGUGUUAUUAAUCCACUAACAAAGCAAAAGAAGAAGAAUGAUAAAUCAACAACAAACAGGUUUGUGAGUGUUCCCAAUCUAAGUGCUCUGGAAUCUGGUGGAGUGGGCAAUGGACAUCCUAAUCGCCUGGAUCCCAUUCCUAAUUCUCCAGUCCACGAUAUUGAGUUCAACAGCAGUAAACCACUUCCACAGCCAGUGCCACCCAAAGAGCCCAAGACAUUUUUGAGUCCUCCUCAGAGUGAAGCUUCCCCGGUGGCUUCUCCAGAUCCCCAGCGCCAGGAGUGGUUUGCCCGGUACUUCACAUUCUGAAAGAAUUGUAUUGGCACAGUUCUGUGUGGACUGAUACUAAGAGCAUGGUCUUAUACAAAUCAUUAUGUGAACAGGCUUUCCUAUGUCAAACACUGUGAAUGAGAAAGUAUUUGUCUCUCCAAUUUGAAAAUGCACUGUAUUUCUUGUGAUAUUUAUUGGAAUCACUCUAUAAGGUACUAUAUUAUGUGUGUAAUUAUAGCAGUUAUUUUUAUUUGAGAUGGAAAAGUCUUUAACCUUUGUAAUUACUGCAUAAUAAAUUUUGUUAGAACAAAC